GCCGGCCCGAGCCUCUUGGUCCGGGACCCUCUUGCCCUUACAAGGUGCCCGACAGGUAAAUGCAGUGGGGCGUGCCCUCCCGGAGGCCAGGAGACGACGGAGGAUGGCAGGGCCGAGGUGUAGAUAAGAAGAUUGACAGCAUGGCCAUUCUUUUUGCUGUUGUUGCCAGGGGAACCACUAUCCUUGCCAAACAUGCUUGGUGUGGAGGAAACUUCCUGGAGGUGACAGAGCAGAUUCUGGCUAAGAUACCUUCUGAAAAUAACAAACUAACAUACUCACAUGGCAAUUAUUUGUUUCAUUACAUCUGCCAAGACAGGAUUGUAUAUCUUUGUAUCACUGAUGAUGACUUUGAACGUUCCCGAGCCUUCAAUUUUUUGAAUGAGGUAAAGAAGAGGUUCCAGACAACUUAUGGCUCAAGGGCACAGACAGCACUUCCAUAUGCCAUGAAUAGCGAGUUCUCAAGUGUCUUGGCUGCACAACUGAAGCAUCACUCUGAGAAUAAGAGCCUAGACAAAGUGGUGGAGACUCAAGCCCAAGUGGAUGAACUGAAAGGAAUCAUGGUCAGAAACAUAGAUCUAGUAGCUCAGCGUGGAGAAAGAUUGGAAUUAUUGAUAGAUAAAACAGAAAAUCUCGUGGAUUCAGUAAGUAUGGAAUAUGAUAAUAUUUUUUAGGAUAUAAAUUAGAGAAACUGCAAAU